GCGGCUGGAGCGCCUGCAGCACAACGACACCGGGUUCUACCGCUGCGAGGUGACGCAGGGGCUGGAGGACGCCACGCCCUCGCCCAGGUCAAGGUCAAAGGUGUGGUGUUCCUCUAUCGUGACGCCUCCAGUAGGUACGCCUUCACCUUUGAGCAAGCAAGAGACGCCUGCGCAGAGAUCGGGGCGGAGAUGGCGUCUCCGGAGCAGCUGGAGGCCGCGUACCACAGCGGAUACGAGCAGUGUGACGCCGGCUGGCUCUCCGACCGCUCCGUGAGGUAUCCGAUCCAGAUGCCCAGAGAGGGAUGCUUCGGGGACAUGGAUGGAUUACCGGGAGUGAGGAAUUAUGGGAUGUUAGAGCCCGACGAGCUGUACGACGUCUACUGCUACGUGGAGAAUAUCGAUGGUGAGGUGUUCCAUGACCCCACCCCCCAGCGCUUCACCUUCUGGCAGGCGAAGGCAUUCUGCCUGAGUCACGGGGCGGAGCUGGUCACCACGGCUCAGCUCUACGCCGCCUGGAGCGACGGCUUGAACCUCUGCAGCCCGGGGUGGCUGGCGGACGGCAGCGUGCGAUACCCCAUCGUCACCCCUAGGGAGCGCUGUGGGGGGGGGGAGCCCGGGGUCAGGACCGUGUAUCGCUACAGCAACCAGACCGGCUUCCCCGAGCCCCACACUCUGCACGAUGUUUACUGCUUCAAACGAAAUAACGGCCCUUACACGGACUCCCCUCUGGAUUUCCUCUCCACUGAGCACGAGGACAUCGGCCAGGACGUCGUGUUCUUCACCGACCCUUCAGAGGAGGAGGGGUUCAGCAACAGCGAGGCGACGGAAAAGAGCAACGAAGAAAUCUUCCACGCCCAAACGGACAAUCCUCUCAAACACAUUCCUGUGCAGCAGACUACACUCGGAUACAACCAGGAAGCACCCAGUUCUCUGUCUGUCACUCAAACAUCUGAGCAUCCAGACUCCACAGGGGAGGAGAGAGAGAAGGAGAGCUUCCCGGAGGCAUAUCAUCCGGCACCUGAUGAGGAAAACACUGAAGAGUCUCCAGCAGCUUCUCCACAAAGUGUUGAUGGAGCCUCCACUUUACCCACAACACCUGAAGAGCCCUCAGAGCAUCCUUUUACUGUCACCGAAACAACUGAUGCUUUAAAUGCAACAUCUGUAUCUCAUAUUUCUAUCACCGAAACAACUGAUGCUUUAAAUGCAACAUCUGCAUCUCACAUUUCUAUCACCGAAACAACUGAUGCUUUAAAUGCAACAUCUGCAUCUCACAUUUCUAUCACCGAAACAACGGAUGCUUUAAAUGCAACAUCUGUAUCUCAUAUUUCUGUCACCGAAACAACUCCAGCUGUAAAUGCAACAUCUGUAUCUCAUAUUUCUGUC